GGAAAUUAUCUUUAUAGCACAUCUAGCAUUUCUAGAAUCUGGAUUGUCUUGCCUUUCAACGAUGUUUGAACGGGUGGGAUUGGAACCCGCAGUGGCUAUAGUCCUCGGUGACCUCCAACACCAUGAACGACCCCAAAAAGGUUCCCAAGACAAUUAUCCGGCCAACAAACCCACAGAACACCAGGUCUUCAACGAGUCAUCCCUCGCGGAUUCCAAUCAUGAAAAAUUCGAACCUUUCAUCUUUACGAGCUGGAAAUGUUCUCAAGCACCGCCCUGGCUGAAUCGUCUACUUAUACAACCGUACAUAUGGCAAACCCAAGAUAUGGUUCGGAGACCAUCAGAUAUCAUUUACAUCUCACAUCUCCUGGUGUUGUGUCUUAUUGGACUUCCGAAUCUCAUACUUCUAUUUGCCCACUUCAGUUGGAUCCAUGCAGUCUUGCAUGAGCUCCUUGUUCUAUACUUUCUUGGUCCGUAUACUAUCAUCAUGCACCACCACUUGCAUGGCAGAGGUAUCCUAUCUCCUCGCUGGGCCAGCAUCGAUGCAAGCUUCCCAUAUAUCCUAGGUCCACUAAUGGGCCAGACGUGGAACUCGUUCUAUUAUCACCACAAGCACCAUCAUGUCGAGGACAACGGUCCAGAUGAUCUCAGCUCAACACUCCGUUAUCAGCGAGAUUCAACUUCCGACUUGUGUAUUUAUCUCGCACGAUUCGUUCUCCUAAAUUGGUUUGAAUUGCCAUGGUACUAUAUUCGGAAGGGCAAGCCGGUGAUGGGACUCAAGUACUUUGGCUGGGAGGUUCUUUCCUUGGGGUUCAUCGCUCUUCUGGUGAAGUAUAAUGGGAGAGCUGCCAUGGCGGCGUUGGUUCUCCCGCUGAUACAAUGGCGAGUUCUGGUUAUGAUGAAUAAUUGGGGACAACACACAUUUGUUGACGAAGUGGAACCUACAUCUAAAUUCCGUUUCAGUGUCACUCUCAUCGGCGCUGUGGUAAGCUGCAUUUUAUAUACCGUUUUAUAUAUAUUCCAAGUCCUCCGUUCCAUAACUCUUCUAUCCAGCUCACAAAGAGCAUAGGCAAAUCGCCAUAGUCUGAAUGAUGGCUACCACACAUCACAUCAUCUGUCCCCACGCCGUCAUUGGCGCGAUCACCCGUUCGAAUUCAUCAAAGCUUGGGACAGAUACAGUAAUCAGGAGGCUUUGAUCGUCCAGAAUGUCAACUUUAUCAGCUUGGCUAUCUUACUCUGCAGAAAGAGUACGAGUAUCUUGCGGCAGAAUGCCUAGUUCCGAUGAGAAAUCAGGCGGUGCUGACGAAGGAGGAGACUGUCGCUUUGCUGAAAAGGAAGACGAGGAAAUUCACAGAGGAUAUGAUAGUACAGAAAUUUAGAGGUAUGAAGGUCGCUUGAGACAGAUGCAAUUUUGUAACAUUGUCGAACUUGACGCGCAUGAUGGAAUUACAGUAGCAGGUGUAGUUGGCGCAGUUAGGCAUUUCGUUAGGAAGAAGCCUCAGGUAGGGCUUAUAGAAUAUGGUUUGGUUUGCCUAUUACAUUGAAC